AACUCGCAAGAUGAUUGCUCCCCUCGCCCGUACCGCCGCCCGCGUCACCGCACGCCCUGCCUUCGCCCGCGCCUUCGUCGCAUCGCACGGCAUACACACCCUCCCCGAGCUCCCGUAUGCGUAUGACGCUCUCGAGCCGCACAUCUCCGGCGAGAUCAUGAAGCUGCACCACUCCAAGCACCACCAGACGUACGUGAACGGGCUCAACGCCGCCGAGGAGCAGUACGCCAAGCUGCAGAGCGCCGGUGCCGACACCUCCGCCGUGAAGGAGGCCAUCAAGCUCCAGUCCGCGCUCAAGUUCAACGGCGGUGGGCACAUCAACCACUCGCUCUUCUGGAAGAACCUCGCGCCCGCGUCGAAGGAGGGCGGCAAGCUCGAGGCGGGCCCGCUGAAGGACACGAUCGAGCGCGACUUUGGCUCGCUGGAGAACCUGAAGAAGGAGCUGAACGCGAAGACGGCAGCGGUGCAGGGCUCUGGUUGGGGCUGGCUCGGGUGGAACCAGGCGACGAAGAAGCUGGAGGUCGUGACCACCGCGAACCAGGACCCCCUGUUGUCCCAUGUCCCCAUCAUUGGCAUUGAUAUCUGGGAGCACGCGUUCUACUUGCAGUACAAGAAUGUCAAGCCGGAUUACCUCAACGCCAUCUGGAAUGUCAUCAACUUCAAGGAGGCGGAGGCGCGCCUGAAGGCCGUGCUCUAAGCGCCUGCGCUACCUUGACGGUUCUCUGAACGGGCGUCGCUGCGCUGGUCAUCGCAGAAGCAUGUGCCCGUCGACGGUACCCUUCUUAUUCCAUCAUUCAUGGACCUUUUGCACAAAUGUACAUUAAUGAAUUCAUGCUGCUUUCGAC